GGUGGUAGGUUUGAUGUGGAGAGCUGAGAGGAGCCCGUCUGCGUCACAGUGUAAGGAGAGUUUCUGGGAGCUGCUCGUCUUUCUCCGAGGCUGUGGAAGCUCCGCUCCGGGCAGACAGGAGCUGGACCGCGUGGUGCUUCCUGGCUCUCAGCGCGUUUGCAGACGUGACGAUGAAUCCUGCCCACCUGUGACGAUGGCCUGUCUGCCUCUGCUGCUCUGCCUCAGCUUGCUGCUGCACUCAGAGCUCGCUCAUCCGCCUCCCGCACCUGUUAACCUUUCUGUCGACUCUCUGAACUUCCGCCACGUCCUUCGGUGGAAGCCCGGCGACAACACGCCCCCUGGGACAGAGUACGGGGUCUUUGUGAGUGAUAAUAGAAAGAAGUGGAAACAGCAAUGCAACAUACCAACGCAGCCCCAAUGCAACCAAACAUCUGGAACAUCGAUGCCACUGAUGCUACCAGAGUGGGAGUCCCAGUAUUACCUGCACGUCAAAUCGUUCUUCAACCAAACCUGGUCUCCAGAGUCCGGAAAAAUAGAUUUUGUCCCUUACAAAGAAACUAAAUUAGGUCCUCCAGAGGUCUCACUGGUCGGAUAUGAAAACUACAUCCAGAUCAACAUUUCACUGCCUUGGCCCGAUGACCUGCCAAACUUUCCCAGUAUCCAGCAAUAUUACGGAGCCAGUUUCAGAGUCGAAUUUCGGAUCGGAACCGAUGGAGAAAUUGGGACGCUGGAAACAGAAAAUAAAAGUUUUAUCCUUGAAAACUUAAAGAAAGGGGCGGAGUACUGCAUAGAGGUGAAGCUCAACACCAGAAAACUAAACAACCAUGAGCCGUCUGCCUGGAAGUGCACCUUCACCACGGCGGUGGACCAGCAGAGAGGCCUCACUUUAGGUUUGGUCAUCGGCGUCCCGAUGGUUGCCAUCUUCAUCGUCACGAGCUGCCUGCUCCUCCUCUUCUACACGGGAGUCAUUUGUAAACUGAAGGAAACUGUGCCCAGAGCUCUAAUUACGGCUCUAACCAAAGGCUACGUCCUGGCCCCGCAGCCCACCGUCCCAGAUCCCAUCUCAGUUACCUCGGAGACCGGGGAGCAUAACAAUCACACAACAUCACCUUCUGCCAACAUUGACGAUGUCUCAGAGGACGACGAUGAUGGCAACUAUGUGAACAGAGCAGUGGAUCUCUCCUCGGGGGAAGAGCUGCUGCUGUGAGGAGCUGUCUGGCAACAUGUCAACGAACAGCGAGCCAACGGCAGCACUGGACGCUGGAAGCUCAAGGUUAUUUGCUAAGGUGAAAGUAACGGCGCUGCCUGCAGAGUCUGACGAAGGCCAGGUGGAGACGGAGGUGGAGGGAGCGCAGCUCUGUUUGGUGAAAGAGAGGAGUCGAAGUGGAGUCUGGGGACAAAGUCAGGAGGAGGAGGUGACGAAGUCCAAAGAGGACAAGGAGGUGCGGGACAUCUCCGGCAAUGUCAACCUGUUCUCAGUCACCCUCGCCUCAAUGGCUGCACGCGAUGGAGAUGAGGAGGACGUCACAGGCUUUUUGAAAGAGUCCAGCCUGGAGGGUUUACCUGCCACAGACUCACAAACUGAAUCAGAUCACCUGACACCUCAAGUAUUCCCGACACACACAGACCGCACUGCGAGCAGAUGUGAAGGCAACAGCACGGACACGCUAACUGAAGAGGAAGAGGAGGAGUUCUCGCCCUAUUUGAGAAACAGAUGAUACUGAUGUGUGCUGCUCUGAGCGUCGAUGACUCGCAGGGUCUCCUCGUGUUUGUAGACCAGCUUAUUAUUUGGUGCUGCAGGUCAGAAGAUCUGCAAAUGAACCAGCCGGAUUUUCUGUGUCCGACUUUUUGACUUGUUUGACUGUGAACGUAAAACUGAUGCUGCCAAAUGGGGUCCAGACACUUUUUAAUGUUGUUUGAAAAUUAACAUAAGCAUUUUAAGAAAAUCAAAGGAAACUGUGACAUUUCUCUUUCUAAUGUUCUUCAUUAAAUAUAGAUUUUAAUGUUU